GCCAUGGAAAACAAAAAGGCCCGGGGGACGGGGAGGGGAGGAGAAGCCCGAGGAGGGCCGAGGGAACCGGCACUGCCUUUUUCCCCGCUGCAGAGGAGCGAAGGCGCCGGGGCUCCGUCUCCUGCAGCCGCCGGAGGAAGGAUGAGGCCCCUGCUCUGCUGCCUGGGGCUGGCUGUACUCCUGGGGCCCUGCCUGGCCUGUCCCAGCACAUGCUCCUGCUCCAUCAAGAAGAAUGGGCGGCUGUUGGCCGAGUGUGCCUACAAGGAUCUCCAGGAGGUACCCAAGGGAUUAUCCUCCAAUGUGACCAUCCUCACCUUGUCAGCCAACAGGAUCAGCUGGUUGGGGCAGGGCUCCUUUGCCGAAGUUCCUGAAGUGCAGUCGCUGUGGUUGGGCUACAACCAGAUCGGGGUGGUAGAACCAGGGACUUUCGCCUUGUUGGUGCACCUGAAGAAUUUGGACUUGAGCCACAACAAGAUUGCAGAUUUCCCCUGGCAGGACCUGCGUAACCUCAGCGGUCUGCAGAUCCUGAAGAUGAACAACAACCGCCUGGCUGGGCUGCCUAGGGAUGCUUUCCGCUCCUUGAAGGACCUGCGCUCCCUCUGGCUCAACGACAACGAGUUGACCACCUUGGCCGAGGGCACCUUUAACAACCUGCCCUCCCUGUCACAGCUGCAGAUCUUCAACAACCCCUUCAACUGCUCCUGCAAGGUCUUCUGGCUGAAGAAGUGGACUGAGAACACCUCCGUCUCCAUCACCAAGGGGGGAUCUACCCUCUGUGUGGCUCCCAGCAAGCUGAAGGGCAGGGCAGUGACAGACAUCCCUGACCACCACUGUGUUGCCCCCUCUGUGCAGCUCACCUACCUCUCCAACCUGGACAACACCGUCAUGUAUGAUGGCCUCACCCUGACCCUGCACUGCAGCGUGGCGGGCAACCCUCCACCAGAGAUCAGGUGGAAGAUUCAGACCUCCAGCCGCCGCGUUGAGAUCAGCGGGCCCAACGUGGCACGGGAUGGAAACAUCAAGCAGAGCCAAGAGCGCUUCUUGGUCUUCAAGAACGGCACCAUGGCCAUCCCAAAAUUCAGCAAGGAGGAUGAAGGCAUCUACACCUGUCUCGCUGUUAAUGAUGUGGGCACACGGGAUGUCUCAGUCAAUGUGGCCUUGGCUGGGUCAGAGAAUCCAGCUGAAGACCUACUCCGAGAUGACCCCCUAGCCAGCCACCUUGGGGGCCGGAGCUGCUACAAGGGGGAUGAAAUGGAUCCCUCUGGUGUUGGAGAAAAGCUGGUUAUUGUUUACCACAUGCCAAAGGAGUCAAAGAGCAGGGCUGGAGGAGUGGUGCCCCAGGUCCACCUGGGGACCCUCCUACUGGCUUUGGGCAUUGUGCUCUGUUGUUAAAGGGAGGAGGAAAUGGUGCCUCAGAGGUUCUCCCUCUUUCUGUAGCAUUUAUCUUCACGUAGUGCCAUGCCUUUGCUGAGCUUCUGGGAGCUGUGGGCAGUCAGGAGUCAAAGGGGGCUGGUAGUUCAACCCCUCCUUAGAUGGGGGUCAGGGCUGGGCUCCAUCAGCUGAGAGCUUCAAAAAAGCGUGGGUGAUGUAGAGCAGAUCCUCAUUAUGCUGCUGCUUUCCGAGUGUCCAAAUCUGCUGCCUCUUGACUUAUUUCCCUCCUGAGACCAAAGAGCAGCUGCAGGAUUACAGUCCACCCUCAACAGGGUGAUCAUCACCCAUCCCCAGAGCCCACCACCAUCAGUCCUCCUCCAUCCGCAGCAGCGAGCUGUGACCAGGGAGGGGAUCUCUUGCUAAGAGGAUUCCAUCAGUCCAGCAGCCCCAAAGAUGAUGUCCCUGCUGUGACCAGUGCCCUGGUCCUUGGCCAGGCACAUCCUUCCUAUCACCAACCUCAGGUGAAGUACCAGGAGCAGAAAAACCAGUUUGAGAUGGGGGGAAUAGCCUGGGCAUGGGGGCCUAAGGUCUCAGGGCACGUGGCUCUGGGGGACAGAGAUAUGACUGAGUUUUACAGGAUGGAUAUAGUAGGAUACAAUGGAUGGGGCCACAGGCUUGGAUCAGGCGGUUUGUGUGGAGCAGGAGGUUUUCCACAGGGUUCAUCCCUGCUUGUUGCAAGAUGGAAUUUUCAUUCCAUCAUUAGAAAGUGGCCUCAAGUUGCACCAGGGGAGGUUUAGAUUGGAUAUCAGAAAAAAUGUGUUUACUGAAAGAGUGGUGAAGCCCUGGCAGAGGCUGCCCAGGGAAGUAGUGGAGUCUCCAAACUUGAGAGGGUUCAAAGUACAUGUAGAUGUGGCACUUGGGGACAUGGUUUAGUUAGCAUGGUGGUAUUGUGUUGAUGGUUGGACUUAGAGGUCUUUUCCAACCUUAACGAGCCUAUGAUUCUAAAAUCAAGCCCUGCCGCCCUCAAUACCUCUCCCAGAUGUGAUGCAGCUGAUUUGCGCCUCCCUGCCCCUCCCCUUUCACCACUGAAUCCUGUGGUCCAAAAUGCUCGUCUGGGCUGGACCCACCGAGCUGCCCUGCUCUGGCUCUGACCCUGGCAGAGAGGGAUUGAGCUCAAAGAGAGCAAAAUAAUUUCCCAGUGCUCCUCUCUGAUGGGAAACCAAGUGGGAGGUGUUCGAUGGAGUGAGAGGAAGAAAGACUGGGAAAACCCAGGCAACAGAAAGAGAAGCUGAGCUGACCUAUAAGCCAUAAACACACUCCUUAAGUGCUUUAGCAUUCCCAUGCGGUACCUAUAUACCAUACCCAGCUGCCCCAGGGUGCCGAGGAACCUCAUGUCUCAUGGCAGGGGCAUGAGCAUCUCCAUCUCCCUCACCCUGGGGCAUGGGCGGUCCAGCUCUUGCGCCUUCUGCCAGUCCUCGCCUGUGGGAGCUGGAUGGAACCCUGCAGCCACCCUCGCCUUAUAACCAAAGCCAUACAGACAGCAAUAAAUACCUUCUUUUUU